UUUGUCUUGUUUUCUUUUUCAGCGCAAAUUGAAGUGAUACCAUGCAAAAUUUGUGGUGAUAAGUCCUCUGGAAUACACUAUGGAGUUAUCACAUGUGAAGGCUGCAAGGGAUUCUUUCGGAGGAGUCAGCAGAACAAUGCCUCCUACUCCUGCCCAAGGCAGAGAAACUGUUUAAUUGACAGAACCAACAGAAAUCGUUGCCAACACUGCCGACUGCAGAAAUGUCUUGCCCUGGGAAUGUCUCGAGAUGCUGUGAAGUUUGGAAGAAUGUCCAAAAAGCAGAGAGAUAGCUUGUACGCUGAAGUGCAGAAGCACCAGCAGCGACUGCAGGAGCAACGGCAGCAGCAGAGCGGUGAGGCAGAAGCCCUCGCCAGGGUUUACAGCAACAGCAUCAGCAAUGGUUUGAGCAGCCUGAAUAACGACACUGGCAGCACCUACUCAAACGGGCAUGUCAUCGACCUGCCAAAGUCUGAGGGUUACUAUAACGUGGAUUCUGCCCAGCCUUCCCCAGACCAGUCUGGGUUAGACAUGACUGGAAUCAAACAGAUCAAGCAGGAACCUAUCUAUGACCUCACCUCUGUACCAAACUUGUUUACCUAUAGCUCUUUCAACAAUGGGCAACUAGCUCCGGGGAUAUCCAUGACUGAAAUAGAUCGAAUUGCACAGAAUAUCAUUAAAUCUCAUUUGGAGACAUGUCAAUAUACCAUGGAGGAACUACACCAGCUAGCAUGGCAGACCCACACAUAUGAAGAAAUUAAGGUUUACCAGAGCAAGACCAGAGAAGCUCUGUGGCAGCAGUGUGCCAUUCAGAUCACCCACGCUAUCCAGUAUGUGGUGGAGUUUGCAAAGCGCAUAACAGGCUUCAUGGAGCUCUGCCAGAAUGACCAAAUUCUCCUGCUUAAGUCAGGCUGCCUGGAAGUGGUUUUGGUGAGAAUGUGCCGUGCCUUCAACCCACUCAACAAUACUGUUCUGUUUGAAGGAAAGUAUGGAGGGAUGCAAAUGUUUAAAGCCUUGGGUUCUGAUGAUCUGGUGAAUGAAGCUUUUGACUUUGCAAAGAAUUUAUGUUCCUUACAGCUGACUGAGGAGGAGAUUGCCUUGUUUUCAUCUGCUGUUCUGAUAUCACCAGAUCGAGCCUGGUUAAUAGAGCCAAGGAAGGUCCAGAAGCUUCAGGAAAAGAUUUACUUUGCACUUCAACAUGUGAUCCAGAAGAACCACCUCGAUGAUGAGACUUUGACAAAGUUAAUAGCCAAGAUACCAACCAUUACUGCACUUUGCAACUUGCACGGAGAGAAACUACAGGUAUUUAAGCAAUCUCAUCCAGAUAUAGUGAACACACUCUUUCCUCCAUUAUACAAGGAGCUUUUCAAUCCAGACUCAACCACUGGCUGCAAGUGAAGGGGAUAAUAGAAUUUUCACGUAGUCAUGGAAUGCGUCACUAUUAAGACAAAAAGAAAUGUUUUCAUGAAGAACUUAUUAAAAAUGUCACUACUGCAACACUAGGAAUGUCCUGCACUUAAUAGAAUUAUUUUUCACCGCUACAGUUUGAAGAAUGUAAAUAUGCAACUCUGAGUGGGGAUGUCUUUUUUCUCUUUUCUUUGUUUACUUUUUUGUUUGUUUGUUUUUUGAACUGACAAUGAAUAUACAAAUAUAGGACACUGGGUGUUACCUUUUUUUUUUAUUUUAUUUUAUUGGGGGCUGUUUUGGGAGACAACUGUUCCUAGAAUUUUAUUGUAGAUAUACAUGAGAAUAGAGCAGUACUUUGCAGUAUUACUCUUGCUGUUUAUUGUUAAAAUAUAAUUUAAGAAAAUUCCACUUAUUAGACUUGCCUAUUUCUAUGUUUUUAGAUAGUUUAAUGCAUGUGGAAAUUUGUAGCUGUCUUGGAAAUUAUGGUGCAUGUAUGGAAUACACAUAUAUAUAUAUAUGUGCUAUAUACUUUUAUAUAUAUAUAUAUGUAGGUAUUAUAUGCAUACAUGCUGUAGCUUAAAAAUCCCAUGCCUAGUUUUAAAGGAUGCUCAGCCCGGCUGUCAUGCAUUUCUUACUCUCCGAGUAUUAGAUUUACUUUGGGCAAUCGAGAUCUGCUUUGCCAGUCAGAGUUAAAUUAUCAGCUGCCGAUGUGUAAUGACAGGAUCACUUCUGAGAUGUGUAAUGUAGUGCAUGUGUGUGCAGUCUGUAAAUGAAACAUCAAGAAUGUAUCAAUGGUGCAAAAGCCUUGUCUGGAUGAUUUAGUGGAGAGAGGAAAAGGGGUUUUGGAAUUUUCUCCCUGCUACGGGGAUAGAGCAUAUAUAUAAAAGUGAAUAUUGUAGGACCUGGUGUCAGUAAAGUGUCUGAAACAUGGAGUAAAAACAUAGACUGUCCCACAUGUAUAUUUUUCUGAUUCCACACAUGAUUUUAUUUUAUAUAUACUGCUUUGAAAAGUAAUUGCAAGGCUUGGUUUGUUUUUUGCUGAUCCCAAUGGAAAGACACAUAAUGAACUCAGUGAAAACCAUGGGAAGCCUGAAAUGUAGCUCUGAAGAGUAGUGGCAGAGAGACGGAGAGAGGGAAGGAGGAGGGAAGUCAAAGCAAGUAAUGUCCGUGCUUACAAACGCGAAUAUAGCUGUCACUGUUUCUGACAAAGCCAUCAUCUAGAUGGGACUGAUGGUUUCCAUUACACACAUACCUAUAUGUAUGUUGCAUAUACAUGCAUAUAUGUAUGUAAAUGUCUGUAUGUAUAUAACUGUAUAUAUAUAUACAUAUACGGGGUUGAUUCUACUUCAGGAGGGGAGCAAAAGAUUGGGGCUUUUUUUGUGUCUGUCUCUGAAUUGACUUUAUGUUCAUUUGCUUGCAAAACCAAAGGCAAACACAGAGGGGAGUGGAAAACUGCCAUGGACUUAAUCUUGUGGAUUAAUUAAGUUUAAUUAGCAGUCAUGAUUAGUGUGUUUGGAUUGUGCCAGAGAUAUAAAACAUAGGCCUUUUAGCUAUGGAAGAGGGAUUCCAUUUCUGAUGCAGCUGUGUCCUUACCACUACUUCUACGUGUUGUGAGCUCUUUCAGAGAAGUCUCCUCCAGGGACACCAGUGGAGGGUGUAGAACAGAAAUGAGAGGAAGCAGAGAGUGGGAAAGUGAAGUGAAGACAGAAUCACAAGCAGAUACGUCUCCUUAUUUCAAAUUUCAGAAUGAAGUCAGUGCCACCUGAGGCAAGGUUAGGAGGAGCACACUUGCCAGGAGGCCAAAGGACCAGCCGUCUGCCAGGAUGUGUGGCAGAAUGGUGUCAUGGGGAGCCCACUGGGACACAGCUGGGGCACAGGGGUGCUGCAGAAACUUGGUUUGUUGCAGUGACAACUUAAUGUCUCAGGCUUUUCCACUGCUCUGGUCUCAAUCUUCUGUUCUCUUUUCUGCAUGACCAAGUAAUUCACAAGCUAUUCCAAGUACUUUGUGGAGUUUUCCCUUGCCCUCCGUCAGCUGGUUUGCAAGCUAACAUUCAUUUUUCAUGGCAGAAUCAAGUCUAGACAACAUCAACGUUCAUUUGUUCUGUUUUAGCAAUGCCAGACCAGAUACAAAAGCAGUUACACAUGUUUCCCUGUAGGUCUAUUACAACUUCAAAAAGAAAAAAACUGCACAGCAAAGUUAGUUGUGCUGAGAAUUUUGUUGUAAAUAUGACAUAUUCUUCAAAAUUACUUAAUCCUAUAGAACAGCAACUUCUAAAAUACUUUUUCUGCUCCAAAUUCACUGAUCUCUACUGAUUACUUAGAAAUGUCUUCAAUUAACAUAAUAAAGCAUUGCUCUUGAUGCUUCUUUGUAUCACUCAAACCCUAAGACUGGCAUUGCCAUAUAAGGUGAUUUAUCUGUUUGCAGCCCCUUUUACAUGGCAAAUCCAUGAAAAGGACCUCAAACUCCAGCUCUUUCUAAUAUCAAAAAACUUAAUUAACUAUACUUAUGUACUGCUUGUGUGAAUUUAUUUGGGAAAAAACCUGUCAAACUGAACGCCAGGAGUGCUCAGUUUUAACUGCAGGAGAUUCAUGUUUUCCUUUUCUUUUCCAACACAAGAACACACAAGCAUAUAUUUGUUUGAAAUCCUUUAUAAACUUGUUUUCAGUAUAUCAAAAGUAACAUAUUUAGCCAGCCCACAGAAAUAUAGGAUAUGUGAUAUAUAUUACUGUUCUUAGUGAUGAUAAAUAAAGAGGUUUGUCAUGUUUAUAAAUAGUCCUUCACAAUUAUGUGUUACAUCUUGAAAAUGUUUUGUUCUUUUUAAAUAAGUUAAUCAGUCCUUGGGAUUCUUGACUUAUGUCUUAGGAAAGAUAACCAAAUGGAGAUUACCAGUGAAAAAGACAUUAUUUAAUCAUUAUCCGCAGGGCGUUUAAUCCUUAAAGCACUAUUCUUAAAUCACUGCAACCUCAUGACCUGUUCAAUCAGUAAGGAUUACUGCCACUUUUUAAAGAUGCGGAAAAGUAAGGAAAAGAAGUUAAAUGACUUUCCAGAGACCACAGAGGUAGCCAUAUCCAGUCCUAGAAUAAAAAUGGAUCCUUACAAUCUGGUCCUGAAAAUAUUAAGAUGCUAGUAUACAAAAUCGUUACUGCCGUUGAUAGGUAAUAGGCUGUACAAACAAUUACAAAUAUAGCCAAAUGAAUGUUUAUCUUCAAAUAAGGUUAAUUAUAAACAGAAUGCUCUAUUUUUGUUACUACUUUUCCAAAAUUUGAGCAAAUAACCUUGUUGUUUAUUUUGAAAAUAAAAAUUCAUUCUCAUACAUUAUUUAUUUGUGGUAACUGAUAUUAAGGAUGAUAAAUUUUAUUUAACUUUCUGCAAUUUGGGAUUGGACAAAUACGUAAAGUAGUACCUCUUUUGCCCUUCAUUGACUGAGUUUAGAACAACAAAUAAUGAUCACACACAACAGGAUGGAUUUUUGUUGCAGAUUUUGAUACAUGAUCAUUUAUACUCAAAAUUUCAAAUUCUUAAUAUUGGAUUUCAUAUGCGCAAGGUAUCCAUAGACUUUAAAUAAUAAAAUAGCAUGAAUUCAAGUAAAUAACUGCAUAAUCCACUCACAAAAUGCAUUUCAGAAAAUAUUAGUUCUGCACUUAAUUUAUUCUUAGCUUUCAUUAGUCCACAGUAGUAUCUGAAGCCCUUCAAUUAAAUCUCUAAAAUUAAGAUUUGUUACAUCUGCUUUCCGUGGCAAUUGGUUAUAUUUGUUGAUUUUUUUAGUGACAAGCUUUUCAAACGGGAUACUUUUUUUAAUGAUUGAUUAACCUGGGGUCUUUAACAAAAGGAUACUUAAAGCAUGUAUUGAAUAUUCUACUUCUAGCAUUGCUCUCAGAUAAUUCAACCACAUUGAUCUCAAUUAUCUUUGGCAUCAAGGAAGCAGAUGUAGGCUGUUCGUUACACUACCACAGAGACUUAAUUUUGGUGUAAAUGUCACUCUUGCCAGCUCUUUGUAUAAAGAAUUAAUUCCAAGAGUCAUAUUUCCUUCUAAUGGAAAGAUUGUUUUAGCAGUUGCUAGAAAAAGAACAGGGUAAUAGAAUGGACUCAGUUGAGCCAACUUGUUUCCAAAAGCAAUGUAUAUUUUUGAUUGGUUUGUGACAGGCAGCAUUUAGGAAUUGAUUCUGCAAGUUGUCAGGCUCCCUUAGCUCUAACUAGCGCCCAUAAAAAUGGAGGCAUCUCAGCACCACGCAGAAGGUGCUCAGCCUCUCAUAAAGUCAGAGGCCCUUGGUGUUGAGAAGUCCCCUUUGAGCUUUGCAGAGCACAAGUCAGAUGUUAUCCUCAUGCUUGCUUUUUUAUGUUUUUACUUUACGCUUCCCAUUGCUCAUUUCAGCUCCGUUUCACAGGGAUAAGUUUAUUCCUCCUGUUGCGCCUUGGGUGCCAAUGCUGUCUCGAUGCCUAUGCCAGGUUAUGGUGCUCCAGGUGGAGCAGUUACCAGAUGUGCCCAGGAAGAUGCCCUUUAUUAUCUGAUAUUCUUUAUUCGUUUUCAUGGUGGCAGCUUGCACGGGUGUAUGUUUCCCUUUGGCAUAGUUUGCAGAGAUUUCUGAUGCAACAUCUUCUACACAAAGAGGGUGUAAAGCUGCUUUUGUGGGCUGGCGUCUCAGCCUCCUACCUCCAGGCUGUGGGAGCUGCUCCAAGGCUGCAACAGUCUCACAAAGCAGCUAGGCAGCACAGUUAGAGAUGUGCAACUGAUGGCUCCUUUCCCUGUUGUCUUUUUCACCCCUUCUAAAGUUGUGCUGCAAAGCACAUUUGAAAGAUGUUCAGGCUCCCCCCAUCCUCCUUCCUCCUGACUCUGCAUGGAUUGUGCUGUUUCCAGAAGAGCCAAGGUCCAGCCUGGAGGCUGGCUCCUAUUUUCAGAGGCAUUGUCUACUGGACAUCCUAGAAACAUGCCACUGGGCAAUAAGAUCAAACUGAAACAUAAAAGUGUUUUUUGUCUAAAAAUAUUAUGUCUAAGCAUAUAUGAAAUGGAAACCUGAGACAGAACAGCUUGCUUUUCCCCGGCAAUAACAAAGCAGCGUAUUCACGCCUACCAACCUGUUCCAGCACUUUCUGUCUCCACUCUAGAAACUAUCUCCUAUCUCUGACAUCCAUUAGGAACAGUGUGUUGGAGACCCAGUCCUCUUCUUUCCUUUUUAAGUUUCACGCUUUGUAAAUGACAAUCACUGCUUGACGCAGAUGUUGCACUGUAUGCCACUCAGGGAUGUUUCAUUAAUAAAAAUAGCUAUAUAACAGUGAUAAUAAGGAAAAGAAUGUUAGAGGCUUUGAAGGGCACAGGUUGAGCUGCCCGAAUGAACGUGACCCAGACAAGGCUUUCAAGCCAGUGAUUAGGGGUAACAUUGGUAUAAACUGAAUUCACUGUCAGCGUUUCCUCAGCUUGAAGCAGGAGUCACUUCACCCAUUGUUUCGCCGUGAGUGGAGCCCUACUGACCCAUCAGUUUGUGAUGUUAAAGUCCUUUUGGAAACAAAAUGCAAGCAAACUUUGUACGAGUUACUGAAUUCAGAUGACUGACAAAAGAAAGUGCAGUUUAAAGAUUCUGAGUUUAGGUACCAUUGAUGUGAGAUCAUAUUUGGAAUUGCUGCAGGUAUGUAAGGAGAUAGGUUAAGACAUGGAAUUAAUGAUAGUCCGUCAGCAAUGACAGCAACAGUUAUGCCAAGCUACCACAUGGAGAAAUGGCAAGAAAGAGCAAGUAGUAUAAAGUGACUAACAGCUACCCUUUCCUCUCAGGGAUGCAUGAAAUCAUAGCUACUGCCAGGCCUCUGUAGCAAUGCUUCUCCAUGGUAGGACCAGUCCUUUUCUCACCUCAAGCAAACAUGACUUCAUUUGAUACUGCACUAGUGAAGAAUGCUCCCAUCUCCUAGAAUUUUGAAAUGCACUUCUGCUUGUCCGUAGCUUUAUACCACAUGUUUUCUAUAGGCCUGUGAUUACAAGAACACACGCAGAAAUGCAAAGUUCAGUGGAUCAUAUUGCUAGUCAUUGAGUUAAUUCUAGGUCUCCAACCAAGAGGUUUUCCCCAGCUCUAAGUAUGACCAUUGCUCCUAUUCUCACAGUGAGUAUGUAGGGGGUUUGAUUCCUUCCAUCUUCUGCAUUCCCUACACCUAGAAGAUGGGUGGACAACUUCAAGAGGUGGGAAGGAGAGGCCAACAUCAUUAUACACCAAGGUUUUCAUAAUAAUAUUCCUUGCCAACUGUCCCAUUGCAAUUUGAAUUUUAGUCUUUCACGCUGCUAGGAGCCACGACAAAGCGACUGAAAUACUUGGUAGCCUGAUACCUACCUGUUAAAAAAAAACAGUCUUCUGGCCAGAGGACCUUGCUUCUCUUUCCUUUUCUUUUUACACCUAGCUCCUAAUAAAUGAGGCCUGGAGUGGUAAAUGAUUCAUCUUUGCUCUUUCUCGAAGCUGAUCCUCACCUGCAGUCUGCAAGGGAGGCUCCACCCAGAAGGUAGGAAGCAGGCUCCUUCCUCCUCUUCCUCCCAGCCCCCAUGUCCUCACUUGCCUGUAUUGUCCCUGCAUGUGCUGUUCCUGCAAGGUUGUGUGACAAUGAGCCCAACACCCCAGUAGUUUACCAUUAGAGAAGUGGUUUGCAGCAGAUCACUUAAUUGUAAAAGCCACUUGUGCAUGCAGUCUGCAGACAAAGGCCAUUGGGAAAAGAAGAUACAUAAAAUUUUCUACAGUGGUAGCUCACAGAUCAGUAACUCUCUUAAAAAGGCAGCCUGAAUGUCCAGUGACAUGAUGGAUGUGUCAGUGUCCUUCAAAUAAUCCUUGCAUUUAAUUUGUGCUGAGAGAAUAAGAAAAUGCACAAAAUGAUCUGGGAAAGGAGAGAUAUUUCCUGGGUGUAACUGCAGGCAGCGAGGACAAUACUGCUCACAGUGAGUUCAGUAACAUAAUGUACUACAUUUACAUAAUUUCAUCAUCCUCACAAUUCAAGCACAGCACGUAGGGAGAGUGAAAGCAAACAUCAUUGGAUAUAGCAGCAAUAAAUAAAUUAUAAGUGUUUCUUUGUAACUGUACUUGCAGAAAUUGUUUGCUUUGCACGUGGUCUUCUGUACAAAAGCAUAAAGAAAAAACUUCAUCUAAUGUAGAUAUCACAGUGUUUUUACGUAUUUGUUGGAUUUGUUGGAUAGAGCUGCUAACUUGUGAUCAAAGGUACUGCUGUUGAGAAAAAUGUAUGUGCUUCAAGAAAAGGCUGAGGCCCUAGUUUAUGGCUAUACAUUGGCAGCAGUAAAGCAUGUUCAAUAUAAAACUCUGCCUGGACAGAAUUAUAAAAAUGUCUCGUAGUUUUCAAUAUUAUGAUCACGUCAGUCCCUUAUUUGGGCAACCAGAACGCAACUGCAUUGACAAACAAGCAGGGCCAGAUGGUCAGUCACGAAGAACAGGAAAGAACAGGCUUUACCUUGAAGACUGUUCCAGAUAAAACCAGCUUAUUUAAAAAAAAAAAAAAAAUAUAAAAAAAAAA